UGUCCCCCGAUAUGGACAAGCUAAUGAGAGAAACACGGUGUCUGGCUUCUACAAGAUUUAUACAUUUAUAAAUGUAGGCUAUAUGUGCAUGGAUUGGAAAAUGUUACGUUCUUAGAGGGUAACUGUCUCCUGCUUUAGGCCAUUAGGCUUCAUUGUGAGGCUAUUUUGGUGCCAGUGCAGUUUCGUUUGGACGUGUAGGCCCUCGUGAAUAAUUUCAAAUAGCCUAUCCAUGUUUGGCUUUUUCAAACCGAAAGUGUAAUCCGGCCCCCUGAUGUCUCACUUGAAAAAUCUACCCCCCUGUCCAAUUUCACCCUGACAUCUUACAGAGAGAGAAACAGAAGCCUAACCAGUCAAGGUUAUAGGCUACUCACAGUAGCUCAACGCAUUGUUCAACUGCGAAUUGGACAAAACAAUGGCAGCGGAAUGGACAUGAUGGACAUGAAUCUUUCAACAGGUGAUGAAAUCUGUUGCCUGCAUCUCAUUGAUCGCUGCAAUGAACGUGAGGAGGUAUGUGGUAAAGUUCAUUGCCGCACACCUUACCUCUGGCAGAUCUGCAAUAAUGACCUGUGGAGCUCUCUGCCGCACAAUGAGGAAAUAGAACAAGACUACUGUAACCCUGUCAAAACAAAACAUGAUUUCAGUGUCGGAAACCCACCCCUGUACUUCAACACAAUGACCUAUGGAUCGGCUGCAGUUCGACGCCUUUCCAUGACGGCCUCAGCACUUUCAUCACUCAUCACAAAGUGGGUGUGGUACUGGGAAAAAUCAGAGGACAUAUGGAAAGAGUUUGAACCACUGGCUGGUGAUGAAUUGGAGAGGCAUUAUCUCAACAGUGCAACAACUGUACCAUUUUCAGCUGGACGUCAUCAAUAUGAACUGAGUUUUUUGGAUAUGUUUCAAACAAAUACCAUUACCCGAACACAAAGGCUUGUGAGAAGACGACCAGUGUUCAUCUCAAAUGCAGAGAUCCAGAAAGUCUGUGACAUACACUGCAACAGUGCACCACCUGUUAUUCCGGAUUACUGGGACCCUAAUCUAUUGCCUCCAGUAGGAUAUGAGCUACACGCUUCCGAGGGCUGUAUCGAAGGUCGAGCGCCACUAUACAAGAGAAUCAAUCUGGACACAUCAUCUCCAGAAUACUACAAUGUCCUCAAUCCCUUUGAUAAAACCAUGGCAGGGUGUAACAUUUUGAGUGUUGAGAGAAUACAGAAUCUGGUCUUGUGGAAAUCUUUCAAUUUGCAGAAGGAUGAUAUGGAAAACAAAGUUGGGAGAGUUGUCCCUGAGAAAUUUCUCUUCCAUGGGACUAAAUCGGAGUAUGUGGACGCUAUCUGCCGUGAAAACAUAGACUGGAGGGUGUGUGGGGAGAAUGGAACUUUUUAUGGCAGAGGAUCUUAUUUUGCCCGAGAUGCAAAGUACUCUCACCAAUUCACCAAUUUGCCUGGACCACGAUCCAUGUUUGUUUGCCGGAUUUUGGUGGGAGACUUCACACUAGGAUGUUUAUACUACAACAAGCCUCCUUUCAAAAAUAAAGAAAAGGCCUUUGACAGCUGCGUGAAUGAUAUACGGAACCCUAGUAUAUUUGUCAUUUUUGAGAAGAGUCAGAUUUACCCUGAGUAUCUUAUUCAGUAUGAACAACCUCCAGUUCAGUUUGCCCCCCCAGCUCAAGUCCCACAACCUGUUCAAGUGGUGAUGCCUCCAGUUCAGGUAGCAUCUCCAGCCCAAGUCCCACCACAACCUGUUCAAGUGGUGGUGCCUCCAGUUCAGUUUGGUUCCCCAGCCCAAGUCCCACCACAACCUUUUCAAGUGGUGAUGCCUCCAGUUCAGGUAGCAUCUCCAGCCCAAGUCCCACCACAACCUUUUCAAGUGAUGGUGCCUCCAGUUCAGGUAGCAUCUCCAGCCCAAGUCCCACAACCUGUUCAAGUGGUGAUGCCUCCAGUUCAGUUUGGUUCCUCAGCUCAAGUCCCACAACCUGUUCAAGUGGUGAUGCCUCCAGUUCAGGUAGCAUCUCCAGCCCAAGUCCCACCACAACCUUUUCAAGUGGUGAUGCCUCCAGUUCAGGUAGCAUCUCCAGCUCAAGUCCCACAACCUGUUCAUUCGCCUUUUUGGCAAUCCUCCCUACCUCCCUUCCAUAACCAUAACCCCUUCUAAUUAAUUUUGUGAAGAAAAUGAGGAAGGAACAGUAGGAAGGUGGAGGAGUGAAGGAGAUUGAAAUGAGAGAUGAGAUGCCCUGCUCACAAAUUGCAGUGGCUACGAGCUUAUACCAAAGCCUAAAAAUGCCAUAUGAACAUGGACUCUUCCCACUUAUAGACCCUGGUAAUGAGGUAAUGUUUGAUAGUUCUCGAGACUUGCCGUUAGAUUAAUGAGAUGUCCUGGAUGACAUUGGUCUUUGAAUGAGUUCCGGGGGAACGAUCUGGAGGAUCGAGGACCAAGGAGAGAGGGUUGAGAAGAGCCCUGUGUGUGUGUGUGUGAGAGAGAGAGAGACAGGAUCCUAAACCAGCGACCUUUCACUCAACACCACCAUCUACAGGCUGAUGGGGUUUACUGUACAGUCACUGAAUGUAUACAUACAUUUAUUUUAUAGCCUCCCAUGAAAUUCCACAGAGGAUGUCAGGUUAAUCAUAUAUAUAUAUGGAUAGAUAUGGGUGAUUAAAACAGUAUAAUAUUGCAUUUUCACUUUUCACCAUGGGGGUGCAAAUCACAAAUCACUGGUUAUAAGACAAGUUGUUGCAGGCUCUUGAGACCAACAUACCAUAAACAUGUUGCCAUCUUUGGUGCCAGCGUGGGGAUGGAGUGGCCCAUGGAGACCAAACUGAUUUUUUCCAUUAAAGUCUACUGGGGCUACAUGCCCACCAAGUUUCAUAUUCCCUGGUGUUACGCUGUCCUGGUAAUCGUUGACCAGAAAUUCAGCAAGUAUUGCAUGCCGAGAUUCGUGGAAUUCCGUUCAUGGGGGACCUACAUUGAAAUGAAUAUGUGUACAUUAAGUGACUGUGCAGUACGAAUGCGCGCACGCGCGCGCACGCGCACACACACACACACACACACACACACACACACACACACACACACACACACACACACACACACACACACACACACAAAGAUACAUGCACAUACACACAGACACACACACAAUAGACAUGCAGGUAUACGCACACACUCAUGCAUCAGAUGAUUCUAAUAUUGAGCCUGUUAUAGUAAGAAAUGUUGUGCUUGUGUUUGCUGUGGGCUUGCAUGUGACUGUGGUGGAGAUACAGUACCUGCGGUGGCCAUUUUGAUGGGCGUGUCUGCAUCUGCACCUGCUGCCACUGGUUCCUCUGUGUUUGCCUCCCAAGUUGCUGCCCCAUUUUUAAUCCUGUGCACAAUGCAUUGCGAUAUUGAAGAAUAAAAAGGAUUGUCACAUACUGGUCUGGUAUCUCCCUUACUUAGUCUUUGUUUCCCCUCUCCUACAGUGUGUGU